ACUCAAUCAUCUGCAUAUCUGGAAAUCUUCACCUUGGACCAACAAUUCAACAUGCUCCUGUCAUUGUCCAUUGUAUUGUCACUGGUCCACUGUGUCCUGACCAUAGACCUUACCUACCAUGUGGAAGAAGAGAGAAGUCCAGGAACGUAUGUAGCAGACAUUGCUGCCGAUUCUAAACUUUUAGACAAUGUUAAACCAUCUGACCAACAUUUGAUAACAUUCAGUCAAUUCAAACGAAAGGUGGCACAGUUAUUUAACAUCACCAAAACAGGUAAACUGUACACUGCUCAGACACUGGAUGCAGAAGAUCUCUGCACAUUCAACAAAGAAUGUUCUAGAACUGUGAAAGUUAUUAUUAAGAAAAUGGAUAGUUUCACAAAAAUAUUAAAAGUCAAAAUUGUAAUAGAAGACAUCAAUGACCACGAACCAGAGUUUCCUAUAAAGAAUGUGAAUAUACAGUUUGGUGAACAUGAUCGCAAAGGUUCUGACAGAUCAAUACCCAAUGCUAUGGACAAAGAUGUUGGAUUUCAAAAUUCCUUAAUACAAUAUAAAUUAAAAUCAAAGAAUGGAGAACCAUUCUCUCUAUCAGUGUCUAAAAGAGCUGAUGGUAUUUCUUCUCUUAAAAUAGUUUUAAAAGAAACAUUGGACAGAGAAGUCAAAGAUACAUAUUUAUUACAGGUGAUAGCUAAAGAUGGAGGGUCACCAGCAAAACAAGGUAUUUUGAAUAUAAAUAUCUCUGUAACAGAUUUGAAUGACAACCCACCAGUAUUUUCAAAACCUCUGUAUAAUGUAUCCAUACAAAGUACACAUCAUAAAUCCAAACCCAUCAUUGUUUUGUCUGUAACAGAUGCUGAUUCUGGUGAAAAUAGUAAAAUUUCUUUCCAUUUCAGUCCAAAAACAUCAGAUCUAGCAAAAAGCUAUUUCCUGUUAAAUGAAACCAGUGGAAAUAUUUUCUUAAGUAAAUAUUCGAGUCUAGGUAAAAAGAAAACUUAUGAAUUGUUUAUUGAAGCCAGAGAUGGGGGCACCCCACCCUUUAGUUCUAUAGCAACAGUUCUAGUGAAUGUUAUCAACCAACACAAUAAUCCUCCAUCUAUGAAUAUAGAUUAUGUCUCUGCACUCAAUUAUAACACAGGUACCAUCUCUGAAAACAUCAAAGUUGGUAGUUUCAUUGCUUAUGUGAUGGUCACUGACAAUGAUGUGGGACAAAAUGGAGAGGUCAGCUGUGAUAUCAAACAUGAUACAUUCAAACUACAGUCAAUGGGAUCUAAAGAAUAUAAAAUCAUUCUAAACAAACCAGUGGACAGAGAAACACAAGGACACUAUAACAUUCCUGUCUCCUGUCAAGAUAAAGGAUUACCUCCUCUGAAAAGUGUUAAAAGCCUCUCUAUCCAAGUGACUGACAUCAACGAUGUACAACCACAGUUUACCAAAGAUACAUUCCAAUUCCUCACCUACGAAAACAAAGAUAAAGACUUCCCUAUGGUUUUGUCAAUGCCACUGACCCUGAUCUUGGAUCUGCUGGACAACUCACAUAUUCUCUGCUGCGUAAAGAAAAAUCCAAUCUCCCAUUUCUCAUCACCAGUUAUGGCUUCAUUUCAGCGACCAUGUCAUUGGACAGAGAGAAACAAGAUGUGUAUAAGUUUGAGGUUUUUGUCAAAGAUAAUGGAAGCCCAUCUCUAUCAAAAUGACAAUGCUCCGUAUUUUACGUAUCCUAGUAGUGACCCUUACACGCUAAAUGUGCAGUACCAUCCGCAGAGUAAGAGUGACAUCACAGUUUUGAGAGCGUCUGAUGGGGACAGUGGAAACAAUGCUUUCCUCAGAUAUGCAAUCAUACAAGGAAAUGAUAAACAGUUGUUUAGUAUGAACUCACACAGUGGUGCUUUAUCCUUCUCCAGACAAGUUUAUCUAAAUGAUGCUGGAAGUUAUGAGCUGGUGUUUGUUGUGAAGGACAGUGGUAGUCCAGUUCAGUCGUCAACAACUAGUGUCACUUUGGUAUUGGCUGUUAGUAACGAGACAUCACCAAUGUCGAAGAGUGGACCUUUACAAUCUUCAGAUAACACAGCUGCUGCCACAAAGAAUACAGCCUACCAAGGUAGAGCAGAGAUGAAACAAUUGUUGUACCAGACUAACACUUCUGUUGCUAUGUCGAGGAAUGCAGAAGAGAUGGUGAAGCGGAAUAUCUAUUCUGAGAGAUCCAAGAGUGAAUGUUAUGCAGAAGGUCAGCUACAGAACAAAUAUGAAUCUUCAGUUCAGUCGAGAACUUUACCAAAACCUACCCCAAAAUACUGUCAACCUGUUGUGGUGACAUCAAGUGAUGAUGCUGUGGAAGAUAAUGCUACUAUGGUUUGUAACUAUACAUCAGAUACAAUGUCAUCCAAGAGAAGUGGUAGACAAGGAGACUUGAAACAUUAUGAAGAAAUACCAGGAGUAUCAGGUUCAAUCUUCACCAUACUUGGACGACUUUACCUAGUAGCAACACACAGCUUCAAAAUGUUCCUGUCAUUGUCUGUUGUAUUGUCAAUGGUCCACUGUGUCUUGACCAUAGACCUUACUUACCAUGUGGAAGAAGAGAGAAGUCCAGGAACAUAUGUAGCAGACAUUGCUGCCGAUUCUAAACUCUUAGACAAUGUUAAACCAUCUGACCAACAUUUGAUAACAUUCAGUCAAUUCAAACGAAAGGUGGCACAGUUAUUUAAUAUCACCAAAACAGGUAAACUAUACACUGCUCAGACACUGGAUGCAGAAGAUCUCUGCACAUUCAACAAAGAAUGUUCCAGAACUAUGAAAGUUAUUAUAAAGAAAGUGGAUAGUUUCACAAAAAUAUUAAAAGUCAAAAUAGUAAUAGAAGACAUUAAUGACCAUGAACCGGAGUUUCCUGAAAAACAAAUAAUUUUAAAGUUUGGUGAAGGAGAUCGUGAAGGUAUGAAAAAGUCAAUUCCAAAUGCCAUAGACAAAGAUGUGAGUUAUCAAAAUUCUUUCAUUGAAUAUAAACUUAAAAAGUCUAAUUCAUUUUCUUUGUCAGUUUCUAAAAGAGCUGAUGGUAUUUCAUCAUUAAAGAUUGUUUUAAAGGAUAAAUUAGACCGAGAGUUAAAAGAUAAGUACAAUUUAGAAGUUAUUGCUAAAGAUGGAGGUUCUCCAUCUAAACAGAAUGUGUUAAAUGUUGUGAUUGUUGUUGACGAUCAGAAUGAUAAUCCACCUGUAUUUUCAAAACCCCUUUAUAAUAUUUCCAUUAGAACCACACACGACAAAACAAAACCCAUUCUUACUUUGUCAGUGACAGACAAAGAUAUUGGAUCCAACAGUAAAAUUACUUUCCAUUUCAGCCCCAAAACUUCUGAUUUGGCAAAGAAAUAUUUCGAAUUGGAUGAAAAAGCUGGCAAAGUAUUUUUAUCUAGAAUUUCUAGUUUAAAUGAAAAAACAUCUUUUGAAUUAUUUAUAGAAGCCAGAGAUGGAGGUAACCCACCACUCAGUUCCAUAGCAACUGUUUUGGUAAAUGUUAUCAACCAACACAAUAAUCCUCCAUCUAUUGAUAUUGAUUAUGUCUCUGCAAUCAGUGACAACACAGGUACCAUCUCUGAAAAGAUCAAAGUCGGUAGUUUCAUUGCAUAUGUGAUGGUCACUGACAAUGAUGUGGGACAAAAUGGAGAGGUCAGCUGUGAUAUCAAACAUGAUACAUUCAAACUACAGUCAAUGGGAUCUAAAGAAUAUAAAAUCAUUCUAAACAAACCAGUGGACAGAGAAACACAAGGACACUAUAACAUUCCUGUCUCCUGUCAAGAUAAAGGAUUACCUCCUCUUAAAAGUGUUAAAAGCCUCUCUAUCCAAGUGACUGACAUCAACGAUGUACAACCACAGUUUACCAAAGAUACAUUCCAAUUCCUCACCUACGAAAACAAAGAUAAAGACUUCCCUAUUGGUUUUGUCAAUGCCACUGACCCUGAUCUUGGAUCUGCUGGACAACUCACAUAUUCUCUGCUGCGUAAAGAAAAAUCCAAUCUCCCAUUUCUCAUCACCAGUUAUGGCUUCAUUUCAGCGACCAUGUCAUUGGACAGAGAGAAACAAGAUGUGUAUAAGUUUGAGGUUUUUGUCAAAGACAAUGGAAGCCCAUCUCUGAAUGACACAGCGAAUGUUGUUGUUGAGAUUCUAGAUCAAAAUGACAAUGCUCCGUAUUUUACAUAUCCUAGUAGUGACCCUUACACGCUAAAUGUGCAGUACCAUCCGCAGAGUAAGAGUGACAUCACAGUUUUGAGAGCCUCUGAUGGGGACAGUGGAAACAAUGCUUUCCUCAGAUAUGCAAUCAUACAAGGAAAUGCUAAACAGUUGUUUAGUAUGAACUCACACAGUGGUGCUUUAUCCUUCUCCAGACAAGUUUAUCUAAAUGAUGCCGGAAGUUAUGAGCUGGUGUUUGUUGUGAAGGACAGUGGUAGUCCAGUUCAGUCGUCAACAACUAGUGUCACUUUGGUAUUGGCUGUUAGUAACGAGACAUCACCAAUGUCGAAGAGUGGACCUUUACAAUCUUCAGGUCGGGUCCAUAUGACAUGGGUUAUUAUCAUUGUAUCAUCAGCAGUAAUAAUAUCAGUGGCUAUUGUUGUUUCUAUAACGCUGUGUAUUAUGAAAUGUAUUAAACACAGAGAUAACACAGCUGCUGCCACAAAGAAUACAGCCUACCAAGGUAGAGCAGAGAUGAAACAAUUGUUGUACCAGACUAACACUUCUGUUGCUAUGUCGAGGAAUGCAGAAGAGAUGGUGAAGCGGAAUAUCUAUUCUGAGAGAUCCAAGAGUGAAUGUUAUGCAGAAGGUCAGCUACAGAACAAAUAUGAAUCUUCAGUUCAGUCGAGAACUUUACCAAAACCUACCCCAAAAUACUGUCAACCUGUUGUGGUGACAUCAAGUGAUGAUGCUGUGGAAGAUAAUGCUACUAUGGUUUGUAACUAUACAUCAGAUACAAUGUCAUCCAAGAGAAGUGGUAGACAAGGAGACUUGAAACAUUAUGAAGAAGUACCAGGAGUAUCAGAUCAAAAUAUUUACAAAAAUAACGAUACAUCUACUUCAAAAGAUUCCAGUGAAGAAACACCUGUGAAACAUUUAAUUGGAUUAUGUUCAAUCUUCAUCAUUCCUGAACAGAUUCAACCAAUUCCAACGCUCAAAAUCAACAUGUUACUGUCGUUGUGUAUUGUAUUGUCACUGGUCCACUGUGUCCUGACCAUAGACCUUACUUACCAUGUGGAAGAAGAGAGAAGUCCAGGAACAUAUGUAGCAGACAUUGCUGCCGAUUCUAAACUUUUAGACAAUGUUAAACCAUCUGACCAACAUCUGAUAACAUUCAGUCAAUUCAAACGAAAGGUGGCACAGUUAUUUAACAUCACCAAAACAGGUAAACUGUACACUGCUCAGACACUGGAUGCAGAAGAUCUCUGCACAUUCAACAAAGAAUGUUCCAGAACUGUGAAAGUUAUUAUAAAGAAAAUGGAAUCAUUCACAAAAAUAUUAAAAGUCAAAAUUGUAAUAGAAGAUAUCAAUGACCAUGAACCAGAGUUUCCUUUAAGGAACGUAAAUAUACAAUUUGAUGAAAAUGACCGUAAAGGUUCUCAAGUAUCACUACCGAAUGCCAUAGACAAAGAUGUUGGAUUUCAAAAUUCCUUAAUACAAUAUAAAUUAAAAUCAAAGAAUGGAGAACCAUUCUCUCUGUCAGUGUCUAAAAGAGCUGAUGGUAUUUCUUCUCUGAAAAUAGUUUUAAAAGAAUCAUUGGACAGAGAAGUCAAAGAUACGUAUUUAUUACAGGUCAUAGCUAAAGAUGGUGGGUCACCAGCAAAACAAGGUAUUUUGAAUAUAAAUAUCUCUAUAACAGAUGCAAAUGACAACCCACCAGAGUUUUCUAAACCUCUAUACAAUAUAUCCAUACAAAGUGCACAUCACAAAUCUAAACCCAUCAUUAUUUUGUCUGUAACUGAUGCUGAUUCAGGUGAAAAUGGUAAAAUUACUUUCCAUUUCAGCCCCAAAACAUCAGAUUUGGCAAAAAGCUAUUUUCAGUUAAAUGUAACCAAUGGAAACAUUUUCUUGAGUAAAUACUCCAAGUUGGAAAAAAAGAAAACCUAUGAAUUAUUUGUAGAGGCCAGGGAUGGAGGCAGUCCUCCACUCAAUUCCAUUGCAACUGUUCUGGUAAAUGUCAUCAACCAACACAAUAAUCCUCCAUCUAUGGAUAUAGAUUAUGUCUCUGCACUCAAUUAUAACACAGGUACCAUCUCUGAAAACAUCAAAGUCGGUAGUUUCAUUGCUUAUGUGAUGGUCACUGACAAUGAUGUGGGACAAAAUGGAGAGGUCAGCUGUGAUAUCAAACAUGAUACAUUCAAACUACAGUCAAUGGGAUCUAAAGAAUAUAAAAUCAUUCUAAACAAACCAGUGGACAGAGAAACACAAGGACACUAUAACAUUCCUGUCUCCUGUCAAGAUAAAGGAUUACCUCCUCUCAAAAGUGUUAAAAGCCUCUCUAUCCAAGUGACUGACAUCAACGAUGUACAACCACAGUUUACCAAAGAUACAUUCCAAUUCCUCACCUACGAAAACAAAGAUAAAGACUUCCCUAUUGGUUUUGUCAAUGCCACUGACCCUGAUCUUGGAUCUGCUGGACAACUCACAUAUUCUCUGCUGCGUAAAGAAAAAUCCAAUCUCCCAUUUCUCAUCACCAGUUAUGGCUUCAUUUCAGCGACCAUGUCAUUGGACAGAGAGAAACAAGAUGUGUAUAAGUUUGAGGUUUUUGUCAAAGACAAUGGAAGCCCAUCUCUGAAUGACACAGCGAAUGUUGUUGUGGAGAUUCUAGAUCAAAAUGACAAUGCUCCGUAUUUUACAUAUCCUAGUAGUGACCCUUACACGCUAAAUGUGCAGUACCAUCCGCAGAGUAAGAGUGACAUCACAGUUUUGAGAGCCUCUGAUGGGGACAGUGGAAACAAUGCUUUCCUCAGAUAUGCAAUCAUACAAGGAAAUGAUAAACAGUUGUUUAGUAUGAACUCACACAGUGGUGCUUUAUCCUUCUCCAGACAAGUUUAUCUAAAUGAUGCUGGAAGUUAUGAGCUGGUGUUUGUUGUGAAGGACAGUGGUAGUCCAGUUCAGUCGUCAACAACUAGUGUCACUUUGGUGUUGGCUGUUAGUAACGAGACAUCACCAAUGUCGAAAAGUGGACCUUUACAAUCUUCAGGUCGGGUCCAUAUGACAUGGGUUAUUAUCAUUGUAUCAUCAGCAGUAAUAAUAUCAGUGGCUAUUGUUGUUUCUAUAACGCUGUGUAUUAUGAAAUGUAUUAAACACAGAGAUAACACAGCUGCUGCCACAAAGAAUACAGCCUACCAAGGUAGAGCAGAGAUGAAACAAUUGUUGUACCAGACUAACACUUCUGUUGCUAUGUCGAGGAAUGCAGAAGAGAUGGUGAAGCGGAAUAUCUAUUCUGAGAGAUCCAAGAGUGAAUGUUAUGCAGAAGGUCAGCUACAGAACAAAUAUGAAUCUUCAGUUCAGUCGAGAACUUUACCAAAACCUACCCCAAAAUACUGUCAACCUGUUGUGGUGACAUCAAGUGAUGAUGCUGUGGAAGAUAAUGCUACUAUGGUUUGUAACUAUACAUCAGAUACAAUGUCAUCCAAGAGAAGUGGUAGACACGGAGACUUGAAACAUUACGAAGAAAUACCAGGAGUAUCAGUAUUAGCACAAUCAUUCCAAUGUAGACUGGGCCUAAAGAGGCAUGAAUUCAUUGGAGUUGACACAUGCAAGAAUUUGUUCAGUUAUAUCCACUCAGGAGUUACCAAGAUCCAAACCUUAAUCAUGUCCAUGAAGUUUUCUUCAAUGGAACUGUUUUCAAUGACCCACAGUGUUGAUAAAACACUGGUUGGCUCAGAAAUUUACCAAAAUAUUUAUAAAAACAAUGGGACGUCUGCAUCAAAAGAUUCUAGUGAAGAAACACCAUGUGUCCUGACCAUAGACCUUACCUACCAUGUGGAAGAAGAGAGAAGUCCAGGAACAUAUGUAGCAGACAUUGCUGCCGAUUCUAAACUCUUAGACAAUGUUAAACCAUCUGACCAACAUUUGAUAACAUUCAGUCAAUUCAAACGAAAGGUGGCACAGUUAUUUAACAUCACCAUAACAGGUAAACUGUACACUGCUCAGACACUGGAUGCAGAAGAUCUCUGCACAUUCAACAAAGAAUGUUCUAGAACUGUCAAAGUUAUUAUAAAGAAAGUGGAUAGCUUCACAAAAAUAUUAAAAGUCAAAAUUGUAAUAGAAGACAUCAAUGACCACGAACCAGAGUUUCCUAUAAAGAAUGUGAAUAUACAAUUUGAUGAAGACAUUGGUAAAGGUGCAAAAAGAUCAAUACCAAAUGCCAUAGAUGAUGACAUAGGUUUUCAAAAUUCAUUAAUACAAUAUAAAUUAAAAUCAAAGAAUGGAGAACCAUUCUCUCUAUCAGUUUCUAAAAGAGCUGAUGGUAUUUCUUCUCUUAAAAUAGUUUUGAAAGAAUCAUUAGACAGAGAAAUCAAAGAUACAUAUUUAUUACAAGUCAUAGCUAAAGAUGGAGGUUCGCCAGCAAAACAAGGUGUUUUAAAUAUAAAUAUUUCUAUAACAGAUGUGAAUGACAACCCACCUGUAUUUUCUAAACCUUUCUAUAAUAUAUCCAUACAAAGUACACAUCACAAAUCCAAACCCAUCAUUGUUUUAUCUGUAACAGAUGCUGAUUCAGGUGAAAAUGGUAAAAUUACUUUCCAUUUCAGUCCAAAGACAUCAGAUUUAGCCAAAAGCUAUUUUCUUUUAAAUGAAACCAGUGGAAGCAUUUUCUUGAGUAAAUACUCCAAGUUGGAAAAAAAGAAAACCUAUGAACUGUUCAUAGAGGCCAGGGACGGAGGCAGCCCUCCACUCAAUUCCAUUGCAACUGUUCUGGUAAAUGUCAUCAACCAACACAAUAAUCCUCCAUCUAUGGAUAUAGAUUAUGUUAAUGCACUCAAUUAUAACACAGGUACCAUCUCUGAAAACAUCAAAGUCGGUAGUUUCAUUGCUUAUGUGAUGGUCACUGACAAUGAUGUGGGACAAAAUGGAGAGGUCAGCUGUGGUAUCAAACAUGAUACAUUCAAACUACAGUCAAUGGGAUCUAAAGAAUAUAAAAUCAUUCUCAACAAACCAGUGGACAGAGAAACACAAGGACACUAUAACAUUCCUGUCUCCUGUCAAGAUAAAGGAUUACCUCCUCUGAAAAGUGUUAAAAGCCUCUCUAUCCAAGUGACUGACAUCAACGAUGUACAACCACAGUUUACCAAAGAUACAUUCCAAUUCCUCACCUACGAAAACAAAGAUAAAGACUUCCCUAUUGGUUUUGUCAAUGCCACUGACCCUGAUCUUGGAUCUGCUGGACAACUCACAUAUUCUCUGCUGCGUAAAGAAAAAUCCAAUCUCCCAUUUCUCAUCACCAGUUAUGGCUUCAUUUCAGCGACCAUGUCAUUGGACAGAGAGAAACAAGAUGUGUAUAAGUUUGAGGUUUUUGUCAAAGACAAUGGAAGCCCAUCUCUGAAUGACACAGCGAAUGUUGUUGUUGAGAUUCUAGAUCAAAAUGACAAUGCUCCGUAUUUUACAUAUCCUAGUAGUGACCCUUACACGCUAAAUGUGCAGUACCAUCCGCAGAGUAAGAGUGACAUCACAGUUUUGAGAGCGUCUGAUGGGGACAGUGGAAACAAUGCUUUCCUCAGAUAUGCAAUCAUACAAGGAAAUGAUAAACAGUUGUUUAGUAUGAACUCACACAGUGGUGCUUUAUCCUUCUCCAGACAAGUUUAUCUAAAUGAUGCUGGAAGUUAUGAGCUGGUGUUUGUUGUGAAGGACAGUGGUAGUCCAGUUCAGUCGUCAACAACUAGUGUCACUUUGGUAUUGGCUGUUAGUAACGAGACAUCACCAAUGUCGAAGAGUGGACCUUUACAAUCUUCAGGUCGGGUCCAUAUGACAUGGGUUAUUAUCAUUGUAUCAUCAGCAGUAAUAAUAUCAGUGGCUAUUGUUGUUUCUAUAACGCUGUGUAUUAUGAAAUGUAUUAAACACAGAGAUAACACAGCUGCUGCCACAAAGAAUACAGCCUACCAAGGUAGAGCAGAGAUGAAACAAUUGUUGUACCAGACUAACACUUCUGUUGCUAUGUCGAGGAAUGCAGAAGAGAUGGUGAAGCGGAAUAUCUAUUCUGAGAGAUCCAAGAGUGAAUGUUAUGCAGAAGGUCAGCUACAGAACAAAUAUGAAUCUUCAGUUCAGUCGAGAACUUUACCAAAACCUACCCCAAAAUACUGUCAACCUGUUGUGGUGACAUCAAGUGAUGAUGCUGUGGAAGAUAAUGCUACUAUGGUUUGUAACUAUACAUCAGAUACAAUGUCAUCCAAGAGAAGUGGUAGACAAGGAGACUUGAAACAUUAUGAAGAAAUACCAGGAGUAUCAGAUCAAAGUAUUUAUAAAAACAAUGACACAUCUACAUCAAAAGAUUCUAGUGAAGAAACACCAUCGGAAACUGAUUACAGCUUUGGUUUUUACUACAUUGGUGCUGAUAAAAGAUAUACCUGUAAAAUACCAAGGAACAACAUGUUCCUGUCAUUUUCUAUUGUAUUGUCAAUGGUCCACUGUGUCUUGACCAUAGACCUUACCUACCAUGUGGAAGAAGAGAGAAGUCCAGGAACAUAUGUAGCAGACAUUGCUGCCGAUUCUAAACUUUUAGACAAUGUUAAACCAUCUGACCAACAUUUGAUAACAUUCAGUCAAUUCAAACGAAAGGUGGCACAGUUAUUUAACAUCACCAAAACAGGUAAACUGUACACUGCUCAGACACUGGAUGCAGAAGAUCUCUGCACAUUCAACAAAGAAUGUUCCAGAACUCUUAAAGUUGUUGUCAAUAAAGGGACCAGUGUUUCAAAAAUAUUAAAAAUCAAGAUAGUAAUAGAAGAUAUCAAUGACCAUCACCCUGAGUUUCCCAAAAACCAAAUUUCAUUAAAGUUCUCAGAAACAGAUGGAAAAGGCACAAAACGAUCAAUACCUAAUGCUAUGGACAAAGAUGUAGGAUUUCAAAAUUCCUUAAUACAAUAUAAAUUAAAAUCAAAGAAUGGAGAACCAUUCUCUCUGUCAGUGUCUAAAAGAGCUGAUGGUAUUUCUUCUCUUAAAAUAGUUUUAAAAGAAUCAUUAGACAGAGAAGUCAAAGAUACGUAUUUAUUACAGGUCAUAGCUAAAGAUGGAGGUUCACCAGCAAAACAAGGUAUUCUGAACAUAAACAUCUCUGUGACAGAUGAGAAUGACAACCCACCUGUAUUUUCUAAACCUCUAUACAAUAUAUCCAUACAAAGUACACAUCAUAAGUCUAAACCCAUCAUUGUUUUAUCUGUAACUGAUGCUGAUGCUGGUGAAAAUGGUAAAAUUACUUUCCAUUUCAGUCCAAAAACAUCAGAUAUUGUAAAAAGCUAUUUUCAGUUAAAUGAAACCAGUGGAAGCAUUUUGUUAAGGGAAUAUUCAAAUCUGAGUAAAAAGAAAACCUAUGAACUUUUUAUAGAGGCCAGAGAUGGGGGCAACCCUCCUCUCAGUUCUAUAGCAACAGUUUUAGUGAAUGUUAUCAACCAACACAACAAUCCUCCAUCUAUUGAUAUUGAUUAUGUUAAUGCAAUCAAUGACAACACAGCUACCAUUUCUGAAAACAUCAAAGUUGGUAGUUUCAUUGCUUAUGUGAUGGUCACUGACAAUGAUGUGGGACAAAAUGGAGAGGUCAGCUGUGAUAUCAAACAUGAUACAUUCAAACUACAGUCAAUGGGAUCUAAAGAAUAUAAAAUCAUUCUAAACAAACCAGUGGACAGAGAAACACAAGGACACUAUAACAUUCCUGUCUCCUGUCAAGAUAAAGGAUUACCUCCUCUUAAAAGUGUUAAAAGCCUCUCUAUCCAAGUGACUGACAUCAACGAUGUACAACCACAGUUUACCAAAGAUACAUUCCAAUUCCUCACCUACGAAAACAAAGAUAAAGACUUCCCUAUUGGUUUUGUCAAUGCCACUGACCCUGAUCUUGGAUCUGCUGGACAACUCACAUAUUCUCUGCUGCGUAAAGAAAAAUCCAAUCUCCCAUUUCUCAUCACCAGUUAUGGCUUCAUUUCAGCGACCAUGUCAUUGGACAGAGAGAAACAAGAUGUGUAUAAGUUUGAGGUUUUUGUCAAAGACAAUGGAAGCCCAUCUCUGAAUGACACAGCGAAUGUUGUUGUUGAGAUUCUAGAUCAAAAUGACAAUGCUCCGUAUUUUACAUAUCCUAGUAGUGACCCUUACACGCUAAAUGUGCAGUACCAUCCGCAGAGUAAGAGUGACAUCACAGUUUUGAGAGCCUCUGAUGGGGACAGUGGAAACAAUGCUUUCCUCAGAUAUGCAAUCAUACAAGGAAAUGAUAAACAGUUGUUUAGUAUGAACUCACACAGUGGUGCUUUAUCCUUCUCCAGACAAGUUUAUCUAAAUGAUGCUGGAAGUUAUGAGCUGGUGUUUGUUGUGAAGGACAGUGGUAGUCCAGUUCAGUCGUCAACAACUAGUGUCACUUUGGUAUUGGCUGUUAGUAACGAGACAUCACCAAUGUCGAAAAGUGGACCUUUACAAUCUUCAGGUCGGGUCCAUAUGACAUGGGUUAUUAUCAUUGUAUCAUCAGCAGUAAUAAUAUCAGUGGCUAUUGUUGUUUCUAUAACGCUGUGUAUUAUGAAAUGUAUUAAACACAGAGAUAACACAGCUGCUGCCACAAAGAAUACAGCCUACCAAGGUAGAGCAGAGAUGAAACAAUUGUUGUACCAGACUAACACUUCUGUUGCUAUGUCGAGGAAUGCAGAAGAGAUGGUGAAGCGGAAUAUCUAUUCUGAGAGAUCCAAGAGUGAAUGUUAUGCAGAAGGUCAGCUACAGAACAAAUAUGAAUCUUCAGUUCAAAGCAGAACCCUUCCUAAACCAUCUUCAAAAUACAGCGAACCAGUUGUGGCAACAUCGAAUGAUGAUGCUGUGGAAGAUACAUCUGUUGUUUCGAACUAUCCAACUAACACCUUGUCGAGUCAGACUAGCAGUCGUACUAAACAUUAUGAAGAGAUACCAGUAACCUCCUCAGGAAAUGAUACAUAUAAAAACAGUAUAACGUCAACACUAAACAGAAAUCAGGAUCAAGAGACCUACCCUAAACACGUACAAGUUUAUCUAAAUGAUACUGGAAGUUAUGAGCUGGUGUUUGUUGUGAAGGACAUUGGUAGUCCAGUUCAGUCGUCAACAACUAGUGUCACUUUGGUAUUGGCUGUUAGUAACGAGACAUUACCAAUGUCGAAGAGUGGACCUUUACAAUCUUCAGGUCGGGUCCAUAUGACAUGGGUUAUUAUCAUUGUAUCAUCAGCAGUAAUAAUAUCAGUGGCUAUUGUUGUUUCUAUAACGCUGUGUAUUAUGAAAUGUAUUAAACACAGAGAUAACACAGCUGCUGCCACAAAGAAUACAGCCUACCAAGGUAGAGCAGAGAUGAAACAAUUGUUGUACCAGACUAACACUUCUGUUGCUAUGUCGAGGAAUGCAGAAGAGAUGGUGAAGCGGAAUAUCUAUUCAAACAUAACCUUUCCUAAAUCUUUAAAAUAUUUGUAUUUCUUAAUUUUAAAUAUGGAUAUGGAGCAGCAUGUUUCAAAACCAAAGAGAAUUAUGUGGUUCCCACUCUGGAUCAUCUUCUCACUGUUUCAUACGUGUCUUAGUGUAGACCUCACUUAUCAUAUAGAAGAAGAGAGAAGUCCAGGAACAUACGUAGCAGACAUUGCUGCCGAUUCGAAACUGUUGGACAAUGUCAAAUCCACUGAACAGCAAAUGGUGACAUUCAGUCAACUCAAAAGAAAAGUGACACAAUAUUUCAAUGUGACCAAAACAGGGAAACUUUACACUUCUCAGAAACUUGAUGCCGAAUCACUUUGUACAUACAACAAAGAAUGUUCUCGGAUUAUUAAAAUUGUUGUUCGGAAAACAAAGUCAUUUACAAAAAUAUUGAAAAUCAAAAUAGUAAUAGAGGAUAUCAAUGACCACGAACCAGAGUUUCCAGAAAAAAAAAUCACACUACAUUUUGGGGAAGGUGAUGGGAGAGGAAUGAAAAAGUCAAUUCCAAAUGCCAUAGACAAAGAUGUGAGUUAUCAAAAUUCUUUUAUUGAAUACAAAGUUAAAAAAUCUGAUGACUCAUUUUCCCUGACAGUUUCCAAAAGAGCUGAUGGUAUUUCCUCGUUAAAGAUUGUUUUAAAACAGAAAUUAGACAGAGAGUUAAAAGAGAAAUACAAUUUAGAAGUAAUUGCUAAAGAUGGAGGUUCUCCAUCUAAACAAAGUGUAUUAAAUGUUGAGAUUGUUGUCGAAGAUGAGAAUGAUAAUCCACCUGUAUUUUCAAAACCACUUUAUAAUAUUUCCAUUAGAACCACACACGACAAGACAAAACCUAUUCUUACUUUGUCAGUGACAGACAAAGAUGCGGGUUCCAAUAGUAAAAUUACUUUCCAUUUCAGCCCCAAAACUUCCAGCCAAGCAAAGGGAUAUUUUGAUUUAAAUGAAAACAGUGGAGAAAUAUUUUCAACUAAGUAUUCUAAAUUAGAUGAAAAAACAACAUAUGAACUGUUCAUAGAGGCCAGAGAUGGGGGUAGUCCUCCCCUCAGUUCCAUAGCAACUGUUUUGGUAAAUGUCAUCAACCAACACAACAAUCCUCCAUCUAUUGAUAUUGAUUAUGUUUCUGCAAUCAAUGACAACACAGCUACCAUUUCUGAAGACAUCAAAGUUGGUAGUUUCAUUGCUUAUGUGAUGGUCACUGACAAUGAUGUGGGACAAAAUGGAGAGGUCAGCUGUGAUAUCAAACAUGAUACAUUCAAACUACAGUCAAUGGGAUCCAAGGAAUAUAAAAUCAUUCUAAACAAACCAGUGGACAGAGAAAUACAAGGACACUAUAACAUUCCUGUCUCCUGUCAAGAUAAAGGAUUACCUCCUCUUAAAAGUGUUAAAAGCCUCUCUAUCCAAGUGACUGACAUCAACGAUGUACAACCACAGUUUACCAAAGAUACAUUCCAAUUCCUCACCUACGAAAACAAAGAUAAAGACUUCCCUAUUGGUUUUGUCAAUGCCACUGACCCUGAUCUUGGAUCUGCUGGACAACUCACAUAUUCUCUGCUGCGUAAAGAAAAAUCCAAUCUCCCAUUUCUCAUCACCAGUUAUGGCUUCAUUUCAGCGACCAUGUCAUUGGACAGAGAGAAACAAGAUGUGUAUAAGUUUGAGGUUUUUGUCAAAGACAAUGGAAGCCCAUCUCUGAAUGACACAGCGAAUGUUGUUGUUGAGAUUCUAGAUCAAAAUGACAAUGCUCCGUAUUUUACAUAUCCUAGUAGUGACCCUUACACGCUAAAUGUGCAGUACCAUCCGCAGAGUAAGAGUGACAUCACAGUUUUGAGAGCCUCUGAUGGGGACAGUGGAAACAAUGCUUUCCUCAGAUAUGCAAUCAUACAAGGAAAUGAUAAACAGUUGUUUAGUAUGAACUCACACAGUGGUGCUUUAUCCUUCUCCAGACAAGUUUAUCUAAAUGAUGCUGGAAGUUAUGAGCUGGUGUUUGUUGUGAAGGACAGUGGUAGUCCAGUUCAGUCGUCAACAACUAGUGUCACUUUGGUAUUGGCUGUUAGUAACGAGACAUCACCAAUGUCGAAGAGUGGACCUUUACAAUCUUCAGGUCGGGUCCAUAUGACAUGGGUUAUUAUCAUUGUAUCAUCAGCAGUAAUAAUAUCAGUGGCUAUUGUUGUUUCUAUAACGCUAUGUAUUAUGAAAUGUAUUAAACACAGAGAUAACACAGCUGCUGCCACAAAGAAUACAGCCUACCAAGGUAGAGCAGAGAUGAAACAAUUGUUGUACCAGACUAACACUUCUGUUGCUAUGUCGAGGAAUGCAGAAGAGAUGGUGAAGCGGAAUAUCUAUUCUGAGAGAUCCAAGAGUGAAUGUUAUGCAGAAGGUCAGCUACAGAACAAAUAUGAAUCUUCAGUUCAGUCGAGAACUUUACCAAAACCUACCCAAAAGUACAGUCAGCCAGUUGUGGUGACUUCGAAUGAUGAUGCUGUUGAAGUAAGUAGUCUGACAUCAACAUAUCAGACAGGAACACUGUCUUCCCAGCGAAAUAACGAACAUGGACCCAGUGUAGGAAAUCUGAAACAUUAUGAAGAAAUACCAGAGAUGUCAGGAAACAAUAUCUACAAAAACAAUGAAGAUUGUACAUUGAAAAAAGAUGAAAACCAGGAAACCUAUCUAAAACACACAUAAUACAUAAUAUUUUAUCUUCUAUCUGUCUUAGGGAGGCAAACAUUAUUUCUAACAUUCUUAAACUGACAUCGUGAAGUUUUAUCUUUUUAAUUAUCUUCUCAAAUAGCUUUCAUUAGACAUUCUGAAACAAGACUACUAGAUUUUUUAAGAUAGGCAAUUUUAGUGUACUUAAAUAUGUGUGUGUGUGUGUGUGUGUGUGUAUGCGUAGCUAUAUGUGUGUACAUAUAAAUCAAUCCGAGGAAAAAACACUUUCCUUCAAUGGGAUGGAAAACAUCCAAUUUUCACUGGUUCUUCAGUUAAAUACCACAAGAUAGUAGCGAAAAAAUCUGAACUUAAAAUGGUAUAAUUUCAAUAUAUAAAUAUUAAAGGAAAUAGAGAAAUACAAUUGACAUAAUAAAAAUUUAUUAACAUUAUUAUAUAAUAUAAUUAUAAUAUAAAAGGAUAUAAUAUAAUAUAAAUAAUUAAAACAAAUAUCAAUCCUACAAUUUGUUUCAAUUCAUAUCCACUCGUGAAUUUAUAAAAAUUCACUUUUAAGCAUAUGCGUUUCAUCAGGGUUAAUAUUUGUCUAAAAAAAGACAAAAAUUUCAUGCAAGGACUGCUGAAUCAUAAAAUAGACUUAAUACAUUACUUGUAUUUAUUUUAUACACUUCAGGAAAAUGAAAGACAAAAUCCAGCCUAGGAUUUGAACUUAGAACAUGAAAAGACCAAAAUAAAUGCCAAAAGUCAUUUAGUUCAGUUCUCAACUGUUUAUGUUGGUCCAA